AUGAAACAAAAAAAUAAAUUACGUGCAAUUACAGAGUCUUAUCCUGAUGUUCGUCAUGUUUUACAAAAAACUUUUCGACAAGAUGUUGGUCGUCCUCCAGUUGAUGAUGCAUCUCCAGAUUUACUUGCUACAAUCGAAGAAAUUGCUGCUAUUGGUGGAGCUGGAGAUGAUCGACGAAGAACUGAAAGUAUUCGAACUUGUUUGACUCUUGAUGAUCUUCGUGAAGCAUUAAAAACACAAGGUUAUGAUAUUAAAAGAACUACUCUAUAUUAUCGUCUUUUACCUCGUCGUGCACUUUCAGUUGAUGAUGAUAAAUGUAAAGUACCUAUCGGUUUACCAGCUGCUAAAAAACAAGCACCUUUAUUAAUGCAUCUUGAUUAUGUUGUUAAAUUACCUGAUCACGAUUUUGUUGUAGCACCUCGUCAUCAAAUGAUCCCAAGUGUAUAUGCUGCAUGUUUCAUUAAUAAAGCUGGAGAAGUUGGUUAUUCAGGUCCAACAUAUAUUGCUAUUCGUUCAGCUAAACAUGAUAAAAGCAUAUCAGCUAAUCAUCGAGAUGAUUUUACUCACUUGGUCAAGUUACAAGAAUUUAAAAAUGCUGCACUUGAUGUUUCAAAUAAAGUUAAAUCUAUUGUUAUUAUCACCCUCGACGGUGGACCAGAUGAAAAUCCUCGUUUUCCAAAAACACUUGCUUCAUCUAUUGAUAUAUUCAAAACCCACGAUCUUGAUGCAUUAUUUGUGCUUGCUCACGCACCUGGUCAAUCAGCAUUUAAUGCCGUUGAGCGUCGUAUGGCACCAUUAUCUCACGAUUUAUCGGGUCUUAUCUUACCUCACGAUCAUUUUGGUACACAUCUUGACGCCAAUGGCAAUACAAUUGAUUUUGAAUUGGAAAAACAAAAUUUCAAAAAAGCUGGUGAAGUACUUGCUGAAGUUUGGUCUGAUACAGUGAUUGAUUGUCAUCCUGUAGUUGCUUCUUAUGUUAAUUCGUCUAUUACUUCACAAAUAUCUUCAAAAAUUGAUGAAUUUUGGUGUGAUCGACAUGUAUUACAAUCACAAUAUACAUUACAAAUUGUUCGUUGUGAUUCAUCAGAUUGUUGUGGCGAGUGGCGUUCAAAUUUUUUUCAAGUAUUUCCUCAACGUUUUUUACCACCACCUAUUCCAUUCUUACAAGCCUCGUCGGGCCUUGUUAUUGCUAUAAAUGAUUCCGAACAGGACCGAUUUUAUGGAUCAUUAUUUCAACGUUUACAAUUAAAUAAUCUUGUUCACAAUGAAAUGGAAUCUUCAUCAAUUCCAUUUGACUAUUUUUGUGCAUCAGUUAAACAAUCAAUUUUAAGACGAACAUGUAAUAUAUGCAUGAAAUAUUUUCCUAGUAUGGAAAGAAGAAAGAACCAUCGUAAAAUACAUAAGUUGGAACAAGUACUUAUUGAUACAGAAAACUUACCUGAUGAUGAAGAUCAGGAUGAACAUCAUCAACAAAAAUCACAAUCAACAAACAAGUCACCUGAUGAAAAAUUAAGAAAUAUACAUAUCAUAUAUGAUCUUGCACAAUGGUUAAAACCAACAUUCGAAGAACUUUACCCAAGUGAGCAAAAAAUAACGAAAGACGGCGUCCAUAACUAGUCCAAAAUGUCCGCAACGCCCGUCAAGUCUAGUCUGAAACGUCUUGCACACCCGUCAUGACUAGUCACCUUUUGGAGAAAUGUCCUUCAAACACGUCUGGACUAGUCCAGAAAGUCCUUGAACCCAGUCAUGUCUAGUCCAUUUCGUCCUUUGAACCCGUCCAGACUAGUCCGAAGACUAAAAAAAAGAGGAUGAAGAUAGAUUCGAACAUCCAACCCGACAGUAUUCAAAACCGGACGGGCAUCCUGAUGGUAGACUAGGACACUGAGAUAGACUGACGUCAAUUUAUACAGUCUAAGAUACCAAAUUGACUCUCGUCCAUCCACUAGACAAUCAGAAACCAGUCGAUGUCACACGACUUUGACUAGUCUGAAACGUAUUUCAUAGAGUCAAGACUAGUCCGAAGCGUCGUCUGCGCUCGUCAUGACUAGUCCUUUUUUAAAGAGUAUGUCACCCGUUCUAGUCAGACUAGUCUGAAAACUCUAAACAACCCACUUUUUUUGAAUCAAAUAUAUCUUGUUAAUUCGUUUAAACUGAUCAAUAAUGAAACUAAGAAUGCAGGUAGAAAACUUUUCAAUAUCUAUAUCGUUUGUUAAAAUUAAUCAAUGGAUAAUAUCAAAUACAUUUAAUCUAUGAACUAGAUAGUAGGACCACAAUCGUUUUAUUGCCUGUCUUGUAUUCAAAUCUUUCUGGAUUGAGGAUCAAAAUUGAUCUAUUAUAUUAUGAUUACGGUAAUUAACAAGACGCAUUUUUUCAUAUUAAAACUAUGUCGCUCGCCAAGGUAUUAUAAAUAUUUCUCUAGGUAGAAUGACAAUCAGAGAGUCUGCUAUAAUCAACAACGAGGUCAAGAAUAGAUAAUAUGCUCUGUGCAUUCCUGUCUUCAUAUAUCUUAUUAUAUUUUGUAUUUUCAUAUGUUGAAAAUGUAAGAGUAUAUCAAAACUAACAAAAAAGUAGGAGUAAGUAUAAUGAACUAUAUUCAUCUCGUAGCGAGGAAUAUUAAUUUAUAUUUUUUAAUAUUAUUAGAUGUACUAUGUUUAAAAAAAACUGAAGAAUAAUUAAAAUUUUUUUAUGUCAUAAUUUUAUGUUAUCUUAUUUUAAAUAUAAAUUCUAAUAAUUUUAAAUUUAAGAAUAUAUUUAAAUUAAGCAAAGUUAAUUUAAUUGUUAGUUGAAGAUAUGGUCAUUUUAAUUUAAAACUAAGCCAUCAUAUGAAGAAAUCUGGUUUCUUUUGAAUAUAAAUAGCCUUUUUAUUUUUACGUUUAAAAUUUAUUUUUUUUAACGCAACUAAUUAUUUCUCCUUAAUGAUAAUCGAAAGAUAUUUUUCCAAAAAAUAUACAAACUUGUUGGAUUAUUUUUUUAAUGUUGUCCAAAUAAUGUCAUAUUCUGUAAAAAAUAAUUUUUACUUAAAUGUGAACAUAAAAAACUUUAAGUAAAAUUUUAUUAAAUAGCACCUUAGAAUGAUUAUGACUAUGUUGAAGCUAAUUUCUUGAUCAUAUGGCUCAAUGGUCUAAGCAAUGGGUAAGUAAUACAUUGUACGCAUGUUCGAAUCUAAUCUUCAUCCUUACAUAUUUCCAUUUAGACUAGUCCGAACUCGUCCACUACACACAAGACUGCAACUUGUCCUAUGUACCGUCCCUGACGUCCUUACUUUUUCAAUUUUAAACUCAUUUUGGACGGGCGUCGCUGUCGCCCGUCUUGACUAGUCUUUGUCUCAAAAAGUCCUCG